AUGUGUGUCGAUUUCACAGACUUGAACAAGGCCUGCCCAAAGGACAGCUACCCGCUCCCCAACAUAGACCAGUUAGUGGACUCAACAGCCUGCUAUCUUCUAUAUAGCGUCGUAGACGCAGCGCAAGGGUAUCAUCAAAUACCGAUGGAGGAGAAGGAUCAAGAGAAAACUUCAUUCGUCACAGAUCGAGGGACGUACUGUUACAAAGUCAUGCCGUUUGGAUUAAAGAACGCAGGAGCCACCUAUCAACGUCUGGUCAACUUUAUGUUCCAAGACCAGCUGGGGAGGAAUGUAGAGGCCUACGUGGAUGACAUAAUUGUGAAAAGCCUAACAGCAGAGGAACAUGCCCAGGACUUAGAAGAAACCUUCAAAGUCCUGAAUAAGUUCGGAAUGAAACUCAACCCGGCAAAAUGUGCUUUCGGUGUUAAAGCAGGGAAAUUCCUAGGCUAUCUGAUCAGCCAACGAGGAAUAGAAGCAAACCCAGAAAAGAUCCAAGCAGUGAUAGAUAUGAAGGCCCCCCCGAGUGUGAGGGAUGUACAGAAGCUGAAUGGCAGAGUCACGACACUGGGACGUUUCAUUUCUUCCUCAGCCAAAAAAUGCCUGCCGUUUUUCAAACAACUCCGGAACAUGAAGAAAUUCAAAUGGGAUGAGGAUUGCCAAGUCGCAUUCGAAGAAUUAAAGUCAUUCUUGACUAACCCGCCCCUAUUGAGGAGAGAGACUAUCGCCUCAGUACUAGUACGGGAGGAAGAGGAGGAGCAACGGCCGAUAUACUACAUAAGCAGAACGCUAAAAGGGGCAGAGCUCAAUUACCCAACCAUAGACAAACUUGCACUUGCCGUCGUUAUAACCACCAAAAAGCUCAAACCGUAUUUCCAAGGACACACAGUCAUAGUGCGCACAAACCAGCCUUUGAGGAAAGCAUUGUACCGACCUGAGACUUCAGGACGAUUGGUCAGUUGGUCGGUACAACUGGGAGAGCACGACAUCAGGUACGAACCAAGAACCACCUUGAAAGCCCAGGCACUCGCGGAUUUCGUGGCAGAGAUGACAGAAAAACCGUGUGACUCAGCAACCGAGGAGUUGACAUGGAACCUAUUCGUAGACGGAGCCUCCAGUGACCAAGGAGCCGGAGCAGGUGUAGUCCUAUUAGGACCUCACAAAAUCACAAUUGAGUAUGCAGUACACCUAAGCUUCAAGGCUACCAACAAUGUGGCAGGUACAAAUAUGUUUUAUUCAUUUCUCAGGCAAAUAUUUAUGCCAUAUGCUAACAAUGUAGCAGAAUAUGAGGCCAUCUUAACAGGACUCGAAAUCACAAUUGAAGUAAAGGCGGAAAAGUUAAAAAUCCACAGUGAUUCCCAACUAGUCGCUAGCCAGGUGCUGGGACAAUUCCAGACCAAGGACCAAAACAUGGCGAAAUACAUGGCAAGAGCAAAGGAACAACUCAAGAAGAUCGAAAAGAACGGAGGACAAUGGGAAAUCAUACCCAUCCCCAGAGAAGAGAACACCAGAGCAGAUGCAAUAGCCAAGGCAGCCGUAGUGAAAAGCCAACUAUACGUAUCACUCCAAAUGAAGGAGGAGCGGUUAACACCAACAGUAGAGGAGCAGCAGGUGUUACCAGUCGCAGUCCUUGAUCCAUGGAUGCAACCCAUAGUGGCAUAUUUAGCGGACGGAGUCCUACCUGAAGGACGUACCGAUGCGGCUAAGCUAGUUCGAAUUUCCUCCGUUUACUCACUAAUAGAGGGAGCACUGUACCGGACCUCAGUCACACACCCAUGGUCUAAAUGCAUAUCACUAGAAGAAGGAAGCUACGUCCUUCGGGAAAUCCAUGAAGGAGAAUGUGGAGCUCAUGAGGGCGCAGUAACUCUAUACAGAAAAGCAAUGUUACAGGGAUUUUAUUGGCCCACGAUGAAAAAAGACGCUGAAGAAAUGGUCAAGAAGUGCGAUAAAUGCCAGAAAUUUGGGUCGCUCAUCAGAACCCCAGCCGCUCACCAGUCAACUAUUGGAAGCCCUUGGCCCUUCAUGAUCUGGGGAGUAGACAUACUGGGACCUUUUGUCCCAGCGAGAGGACAGGUAAAGUUUAUAGUCGUCGCAGUCGACCAUUUCACCAAGUGGAUAGAGGUACAACCCAUGAGCACCAUUACAAGUAAGAAAAUCCAGAAGUGGUUAUCAAACGAAGUCAUGAGCAGCUUCAGAGAUUUCUGCACUGAGCUAGGAAUUCUCUUAAAAUUCUCCUCAGUAGCACACCCGCAAACCAACGGACUAACAGAAGUCACCAACCGCACCAUCCUUUCUGGAAUAAAGAAGCGGCUAGGAGACUUAAAAGGGAGAUGGAUUGAUGAGCUUUAUCAUGUGGUCUGGGCCUAUCGAACCACCCCCAGAAAAGCAACAGGGGAAACCCUAUUUCGCCUCACGUAUGGCACCGAAGCUGUUCUCCAAGUAGAACUUGGAAUGCCAACCUUACGAGUUCAGGUCUUAGACGAAGAUCGCAACGAGGAUUCCCUGAGGCUAUGCCUGGACCUCCUCGAAGAAAGAAGACAGCAGGUAGCAAUCCGAGCUGAGGCAUAUCGCAGACAGAUGACCAAGUAUCACAACGCCCGAGUCAAAGAAAGAAAAUUCGAAGAAGGAGACUUAGUCUUGAAAAAGGCAGAAAUUGGAAGAGGAGCCGCCAGAGUUGGAAAAUUAGAGGCCAAGUGGGACGGUCCAUACCGCGUAGUAGCAGUAGUCGGCAAGGGCGCAUACAAAAUAGCUCACCUAGAUGGGACUCCAUUACCUCGGACUUGGAAUGUUGAAAAUCUGAAGCUAUACCUUCAGUAA